GGGGGUUCCUAGUGGUUACUGCUAGGAAACCUGGGGCGGUGCAGCUGUGGGCUAGCGGGAGAGGAGCGCGGGUUCUGGCUUGGCAGCCUCGCACUCUUAAAAAAUUGGGAUCCAGGUGGCAAAGGGAGAGAUGGGUGGCUCCAAGACCAGUGUCCUUUUGCUUUCGAUGGUCUUGUUCAGCGGAACGUCCAGCGACGCUCAUUCUCUUUCCUAUAAUUUCACCAUUGAUCCUCAGCCCAGAGAUGAUCAGCCAUGGUGUGAGGUUCAAGGAGAAGUUGAUCAAAAGGUCUUUCUCUCCUAUGACUGUGGUACAGCUAAGAUCAAGUACAUGAGUCCAUUGGGAGAGGAAGUGAAAAGUAUGAAUGCCUGGGAAACACAGACUGUCACACUCAGAGACACUGGAGACUUGCUCCAGGAGCAGAUGCCUGACGUUACACCGGAGAAACACAUAAAGGGCCCUCUGACCCUGCAGGCCAGGAUGACAUGCUGGCAUGAAGACAAUGGACACACCAAUGCAUCCUGGGAGUUUGGCUUCAAUGGACAACUGUGCCUCUGCUUUGAUUCAGAGAAUGGACACUGGACAGUGGUUUAUCCUGGAGGGAGACAGAUGAAAGAGAAAUGGGAGAAUGACAGGGCUGUGACGGACUUCUUCAAGAAGGUCUCCAUGGGAGACUGUCGGGCCUGGCUUCAGGCUUUCUUGGUGCACUGGGAGAAAAUGUUGAAUACCUCGGCAUCACUGACCAUGGGACGCUCUGCAGUGCAGCCCAAGGCCCCAGCCAUCAAGCACAUCACCUGGAUCCUCCCGGUAGUCCUCACUAGUUUCACCAUAACUGUCUUCCUGGGCUGAGUCCUUUCCAGGAACAAGUACUUGCCGGGAGCCAGCGUGAGGAAUCCCACCCGUGACGACGUCAUGAGGGAGGAAGCUGACAUACGCAAGGAUGUGAUCAGACUUCAGGAGUUCCCCCUGGCACUUCCUGAGCAUGUACCCCCCAAACCAAAAAUCUGCUGGCCUUUGUACUCUGCUUUUCCACUCUUCUGAUAUUCUCUGGAAAAAAGUCAACUCAGGGCUUUAGUCUUCUGCAUUUGAAAGGGAUAUUUCAGUUAAACCCCCUCUGAUAGCUCUCUAGCUUGCCUAACAGGUUCCCCAGACCUCUAACAGCUUGUGAAUUGCUUACAGCCCCCCAACCACGAGAGGCACAAAGCUUAAAAGCACCUUAUAGAUACAGAGCCUUUUCUAAAGAGUUAAAACUUAUAUUGGUAGAGGGUUUUCACUGUUGACUCAAUGAUUGCUGCCAGGCCUCCAUAUUCUUUAUCUUUUAGGCACCUGGGAGGAUGUUAAUCAAUGUAAAUGGGAUGUGGAAAAAGAUACACAGUAGUUUUGAUGUUAGCAACACUAGACUUUUGAGUUAAUUGCUUCUCUUCUGUUGUAAAUCACUGUACUCCCUUUACUUGUUAUAAGUUGCUGUAUCUUUGCUAUGUAAGAAUGUAACUUUAUUUAGUGCUUUCUGAGAGUGGCACCAGACACUGGGAAGAUCAACACAAAUAAGUCUUCUGGUUGACAAACCCUCAUCAGAAAAAGGGCUGUAAAAUGUAAAUUGGCCCUUUCUGGCCAGAAGAUGAUAUAAAUCACCUAAGACUUGUGUAUACAAUUAGAUAUGCAGAGAGAAAAGCCUGGUUUUGAUAAGAGUCGGGACUGCUAACACUGCAUAAUUUUGUAUUACCCAUUGAUUUCUAUGUACAAAAAAAGGUAUAAAAGGCCUUUCUAGACAAUAGGGGCUGGAGCCAGUCGCUGGACUGGUUUCCCCCGUCUCUCUCUCUCUCUUUUUCCUUUUCCUCUUUACUUUAAUUUCAGGCUGAAUUCCCAUCUGGGGCGUGGAGGCUCGCCAAGUCUACUUACUUGCCCUGGCUGUUAAGACCCACGCGAAAGGGAGCCUAAGGCAAGGCACCCUUAGAUAUUCAAGCGAGCGCCAGUGGCCCAACGUAGAUGGUGCAAGUUCCUUGUCUGGAAUUUUAUUGGUCUUCCACGUAAUCCAAGUUAUUCAGCCCUCUUUCUCCACUUAAUUUUCCUACUAUACUAUUGUUUCUUAAACUAAUCUUAUAUUAAUAAACAAACAAGUCUUU